AUGAGGAAGAAGAAACCCAAAAAGUCCCCGUCGGCGAAGCUCUCGAAAUCGUUGGGCUCUUCUCCACCGACCAAGCCUCCGCCGUCUAUCUCUCCGCCCCCCAUUUGCGAUGAAGGAAACCUCAUCUCUCCAGUCGUAGAGGAAGCUUUUGAUGCCCACCUUGGCUCCCCAGCUGUAGUGGAUGCUCAACCAACUCGCGACUCCGCAGAUCUGAUCCCCCUUCAUGUUGAUUCUGAUUUUGCGAAGACAGUGAUCGUUGAUUGCUCGACGGAUCCAUCUUCAGACAAGAUCGCACCCCUAAACCCCCAAAUCGAGUUGAGCCCCGCAGUGUUGCCUGGUAGCUCCUCGAUCUCACCACCAGUCGAAGCAGUGUCGGAGGAAGUCUUUUCGUUAUCAAAUGUGGAAUUAGCUAAAGCUGAUGCCAAGGACGCGCCCUUGGGCUCGCAGUCUGCUGUUCCAAAGGACCCUUCUCCUCCGGUUCUCGAAGAGAAGGAGGUUAAAGCUCAGAUGGCGUCCACCGAUUCUUGGUGCGAUCGAGCAAAAGGAGUUAAGCAACUGUCUAAAAAAGGCGAAGCUUUCACCCUCCCUUCGGGGGAAGCAUGUAUCAAGAUUCCCAACUCUGUGAUUGAGAAGAAUCGCAAGUCCUGGGAACCAUUUGUGCUUGGUCAAUUCUACUCCGACCCUCCUUCUCAGGGAACUUUACAUAACAUUGUGAAUGGGAUAUGGAGUAAGCACUACAGGGACAUUGCCGUCUCAAAAAUGGAAGGCUUUUCCUUUUUGUUUCGAAUCCCAAAUGCUGCGACGAGAAGUAGAGUGAUUAAGCAGAAGCUGUGGCAGAUUGAAGGGCAGACCAUGUUUGUGGACAAAUGGGAACCUGGUAUUAUUCCCACAAAGCCUGAGCUCACCUCUGCCCCUAUCUGGCUUGAACUGCGGAAGGUCCCCUUCCAGUUCUUCAACGAAGACGGUCUAGAGCGUAUAGCGGGUCUGGUGGGUCACCCCAAGUUCCUGCACCCUUCGACUGCAAAUAAAACUAAUUUAGAAGUGGCUAAAGUUUUUACCAUCAUUGAUCCAAGGAAGCCGCUUCCUGAGGCGGUAAAUGUACAGUUCGACUCCGGGGUCAUUAGUAGAGUGCUUGUUUCAAGUCCUUGGAUGCCUCCGGUGUGCGGAUUCUGCAAAGAGAUCGGUCAUUCUACUAGAAGAUGCCCGACCGCCCCCAAGCCUUGCUCUGUGUGUAGCUCGUCUGAUCAUAUUUCAUCGAAAUGUCCUCAAGCUCCAAAAUCCGAAGUUAGAGGGAGGAAGACCAGGAGAAGCAGAUCAAGAAACAAGCAGAAAUGGGUAGUGAUGGAUCCUCAAAAGGCGCUUACCUUGCCGCAAAUUGAACAGUCUCCGCCAGCCUCUCCUGCAGUUACUCCGCAAGUUAAGACUAGUCUGGUGGACGUGUCUCUUCAAUCAAAAUUGGGCACAGAGAAAGAUAUGGCAAGAGGAGAGCCUAGUGGCUCAUCUGAUCACCUUCGUUCGAAUCUCCCAAGAAGUGUAUCCGCUAACUCGCGUUCCUCUCAGCCUGACCUGCAACCCGACUCAUCAGAUCUGACCUCGAGGAGGGUGAGUUUAGCAAGCAUGAGCUCGACUUUGAAGUGGGAAAAUUUGGUUGGUGUGGCACCCAUCUGUUUGGUCACUAUAAUCUCCAAGUCCCUUCAGAUGAUCACUGCUGAGGUUAUGUGGCCUUCGGUUCAGACUAAGAUCAUCGUCUCCAUUAUCUACGCCUCUAACGACUCAGAGGAACGAUUACAUCUGUGGUCGGAGUUAGAGGCUCUGGUGCUCGCUCUGCAUUCCAAACCCUGGAUUAUCCUAGGUGACUUUAACCAGAUUAGGGACCCCACCGAGCAUUCCAAGCCGGCAUCUCUGAACUUGGACAAGAAAAUGAGGGAUUUAAAUCAGAGUCUGCUGUCCGCUGGUGUGGACGAUUUGAACUUCAGGGGUAACACUUUCACCUGGUGGAAUAAGCAGAAGCUGAAUCCGAUAGCUAAGAAGCUUGACCGAGCCUUGGUUAACGAAGAUUGGUACUUUGAGUUUCCCUCCUCGGUCGCCUAUUUUGGGAGCCCGGAGUUCUCGGAUCACGCGGUUGUCUCCAUCCUGCUUGACCCCUCCAUCGCCAAGGCUAAAAAGCCCUUCAGUUGCUGGUUCUCUUUUAAUGUCACAGGUUCAGCAAUGUUUAGGGUCUCCCGUAAACUGAAGCUGUUAAAGAAAUGCAUUAAGGACUACAGCAAGCAGAACUACUCAGGAAUCGAAAAAAGAACGGCUCAGGCCCUUGAAAAGUUGGUGAACGCGCAGAACAUCAUGCUGGCUUGUCCCACAACGCAUAACGCGGAGGUUGAGCUUAAAGAGAUGAGGGUUUGGGAGGAGCUGUCAACUGCUGAGACCUCUUUCUUUUUUCAGAGAUCGAGGAUCAACUGGUUAACUUAUGGUGAUGGUAGCUCGCGCCUGUUCCAUAGAUAUGCAGCGUCAAGGCAAGCAAUCAACCAUAUACACUUCCUUGUCGGUGACAAUGGAGUGAGAAUUGACUCUCUCCCUGCGAUCCAGGAACAAUGUAUCAACUACUUCUCUGACCUCUUGGGUGGUCCUGCUUCGCCUACUAUGUUUGAGCAGAGUGAUCUUGACCUCUUAUUCGACUUUAAGUGCUCAGCGGAACAUGCGGCAAAUUUCAGGAAAGAGUUCUCGUCGAUGGAUAUUAAAGACACUUUUUUCUCUCUCCCCAAAAAUAAAACAGGGGGGCCUGACGGCUAUUCUUCGGAAUUCUUCACCGCCUCAUGGUCUGUGGUUGGUCCGGAAGUGACUGAGGCUGUCAAGGAGUUCUUUCGUUCUGGUUCUAUUCUCAAGCAAUGGAAUGCGGCUAACCUCGUACUGAUUCCCAAAAUUCCUAACGCUUCACAUCCGUCGGAAUUUCGUCCUAUCUCUUGCCUCAAUACAAUAUACAAGGUGAUUGCUAAGCUGCUGGCGUCAAGAUUAAAGGAAAUUCUUCCUCUCAUGAUCUCUAAGGCGCAGUCUGCUUUCCUUCCUGGCCGGCUCCUAGCGGAAAAUGUCCUUCUGGCUACUGAUCUGGUAAAUGGCUACAACACCAGGAACAUAACCGCAAGAGGAAUGCUGAAGGUAGAUCUCAGGAAAGCGUUUGACUCGGUCAGAUGGGACUUCAUCUUGGCCUCGCUUAGAGCUCUGGAAAUACCGCAGAGCUACAUCAAUCUGAUCUCGCAAUGCCUCACGACUGCUUCGUUCUCUGUCUCGGUUAAUGGCUCUACCGGUGGUUUUUUCAAGAGCUCUAGAGGUAUUAGACAGGGGGACCCUCUGUCCCCCUAUCUCUUUGUGUUAGCUAUGGAGUGCUUCUCGCGACUGCUCCUGUCGAGGUACGAAGCGGGAAGCAUAGGCUACCAUCCAAGAACAGAGAGCUUAAAGAUAUCCCACUUGAUGUUCGCGGAUGAUGUCAUGGUCUUCUUUGAUGGCAGUAGCAACAGCUUGCAUGGUAUCUCGGAAUGUCUCGAUGAUUUUGCCUCAUGGUCUCGCCUGCACAUGAAUGCAUCGAAGACUGAGCUAUUCACUGCGGGACUUGACCAUGGUGAAACCCAAGCUAUCGCUAGCUAUGGUUUCCCCACUGGUAACCUCCCCAUAAGAUACCUUGGACUUCCCCUUAUGAGCCGCAAGUUAAAAAUAGCGGAAUAUGCUCCUCUCAUGAACAAGAUCACUAAAAGCUUCAAUGCAUGGUCAGUUAAGCUCCUAUCGUUCGCGGGUAGGCUUCAACUCCUAAGAACUGUGAUUUUUGGGCUCAUCAACUUCUGGGUCUCUGCUUUUAUGCUACCAAAGGGAUGCAUCGCGGCUAUAGAAUCUCUAUGUUCUCGAUUCCUAUGGUCUGGCAACAUCGAUAAGAAGGGCAUUGCAAAGAUAGCUUGGACCACAGUGUGUCUACCAAAGAAAGAAGGAGGGUUGGGUUUAAGAAGCAUCAAUGUCUGGAAUCAAGUCCUAGGUCUGAGGUUUGUCUGGUUAUUGCUCUCUAACGCCCCCUCUCUUUGGGUGGACUGGCACAAGAGUUUUCACCUCACUGGUAAUUCGUUUUGGACUAUUGAGCCAUCAUCAUCGGACUCUUGGGCUUGGAAACGAUUACUGAAGCUUAGACCCCUGGCGCUUCAGUUUUGCAACUCGGUGGUGGGUAAUGGGGUAAGCACGAGGUUCUGGUUAGAUGUAUGGACUCCUUUUGGCCAGUUAAUUAACCACCUUGGCCCUGGGGGUCCUAGAGCGCUUCGACUGAGAAAGGAAGCCACGGUCGCUGAUGCUACAAAUGGCGCAAACUGGUCACUACCUCACCCAAGAUCUGAUCAGGAAGUGGAACUUCACUCUUAUUUAACUACCUUAUCUCUUCCAUUACCUACUGAUAUUGAUGAUUGUUUUGAGUGGAAAGCUGCUGACUCUCCGAUGAAUGUUUUUACCUCACAGGCCACCUGGGAGGUGCUACGACCGAGACAGCCGAUUCAACCCUGGCACGACAUUGUGUGGUUCAAAGGAGCUGUCCCGAAGCUCGCUUUCACGAUGUGGGUAGCUAACUACGACAGAUUACCAACAAGAGCUAGACUGGCGUCAUGGGGUCUCUCUAUUCCCAUUAUCUGCCCCUUCUGUAACGCAAUGCCUGAAACCAGGGACCAUCUGCUCCUCUCAUGCCAAUAUAGCUCUCAAGUAUGGUCUUUAGUCUUCAGUAGAUGCAGUAGUUCUCAGCGGAGAAUUGCAGACUGGGAUGAGCUUUUAUCUUGGAUUCGAGCCGCCCAAUCUAGGACAAACCUUCUGCUAAGGAAGCUGGCUUCGCAAGCGGUUGUGUUCCAUCUUUGGAAGCAGAGGAACAACCUGAUCCAUAACAACGCCUCUAUGCCUGCAGCAAGCGUUUUCAGGGAUAUUGACAAGGUGAUGUUUUUGUCCAAAGUGUUGGAUGCUGUUGAUCCAUCUUGUUUUUUCCUUUCUUUUUGCCAAGAUGUAUCGAACUAA